AGGUACGUAGGUCAGCUUCCGCCCCUACUACUCCCACUUCCAGACGAACUUCCGGGGUGUUCCCCUUGUCCACUUCCGGUGCGCUAAGAAGAACAUCCGCCCUGUGUCUUUAUCUGUGAUCAGCGGCAACAUGAGCGGCCUAGACCCGCGGAAGAUGAAAGUAACCGAGCUGCGAGCUGAGUUGCAGCGUCGGGGACUGGAUUGCCGGGGCCUGAAGGCCGAGCUCAGUGAUAGGCUACAGGAGGCGCUCGAUUCUGAGCUGCUCGGUGGCGGUGACGAGGAAAAGGCGGCGACCGCCAACCCGGGAUUAGCGGAGCAAGAGGAGGAGGAACGGGCCCUGGCGCUCGGGGAGGGAGAAGACGAGGACGACCAGGCCCCCGAUCCGACAGAAGAGGAGGAGGACGAGGACGCUGCGCACAACGAUCAGGAGCCCCCCGGGGAAUCGGCCUGCGCCCCUACUGAGGAAGAGGAGGAGGAAGAGGAGAUGGAGGAGGCUGCGGAGGCCGGAGACACCGGGGGGUCGGUGAACGGGGCUGCGCACACGGAAUCGGCUGAGGCUGCGGAGAGCAAGGACGGAGAUGAGACUUCAGCUGGUGCUGAUGGUGAUAGUGAUAAGAAGGACAAGAAGUCUGAUCCCAAAAAUGUAGGAGCUGGGCGCAAGGGCGUGAAGAGGGUACGGGAGGAAGAACAACGUGGACGCACAUUUCAUGAAUACAAAGAGGAGGGUUAUUAUAGCCGUUCCAAGUCUCCUGCACCUACUGCAGAGGCAUGCGAUGAAGUUGAAGACAAUGUGCUGUGUCUUGAUGCAUCGAACUGUGAUCUGCAGUUUAAGAUGGAUAAGGAUCGUUUUGGAGGAAGACCUCUCUUUUCUGAGAAGUUCCCAUCUUUGUGGUCAGGCUCUCGAGCUACUCAUGGAGUAGCUCAGGGCAAAGUUUACUAUGAAGUCAAGGUGACUGAAAACCUGCCUGUGAAAGAAGGCUGUACAGACGUUCCUCUGCUCCGUGUGGGUUGGUCUGUAUGCCAGUCAGCUCCGCAGCUAGGUGAAGAUGACUUAUCCUUUGCUUAUGACAGUCGGGGGUUGAAGGUUACCAGCGCACAAUUUGAACCUUAUGGGGAAUCCUUUGGCGAAAAUGAUGUGGUUGGCUGCCUUGCUAACCUUGAUGGUGACUCAGUGGAGAUAUCUUUCUCUAAAAAUGGCACUGAAUGUGGCCAGGCGUUUGUUAUAGAUAAGAGUACCUUGGGAGAGCAGGCUUUGCUGCCCCAUAUAUUGUGCAAAGGCUGUGCUUUCCAGGUGAACUUUGGACAGAUGGAGGAGCCCUGGCAUAGUGCACCUGAUGAAUUUACAUUCCUGAAAGCGUUUCCGGAUGAAGGUCUUACAAGGGUAACAUCACCACCAAAAACCAUUGAGGAGUGUGAGGUAUUGCUGAUGGUUGGCCUCCCAGGGACUGGAAAAAGCACAUGGGCUGAAAAACACAUUAAGGAGAAUCCAGAAAAACAAUUCAAGCACCUGUCUACAGAUGUCUUGCUGACACAACUGAAGACAGCAGGACCAGAUGCCCCUGAAGAAGAUGAGAAAGCCAAGGAUCAUCUUGUCCAGUUAGCAACCCAGUGUUUGAUCAGGCUGGUGCCCCUGGCUGCCCGCAGGAAGGGAAAUUACAUAAUUGAUCAGUGCACAGUGUACAGCUCUGCACAGCGCAGGAAAAUGCAUUGCUUCAAAGGAUUUCAACGCAAAGCUGUGGUACUCGUCCUAAGUGAUGAGGAGUGGAAGCAAAGGUUGGAAAAACGCAAAGAGAAGGAAGGGGAGAUUGUCCCUGAAUAUGUACUCCUAGAAAUGAAAGCCAACUUUGUUCUUCCUGCAAAGGGUGAUUUUCUAGAAGAUGUUUUGUACGCUGAGCUGAACCCGGAAGAGGCAGAUGCUCUGGUACAGAACGAUAAGAAAGAGGCACGGAAGCAACUGCCCACCAAUGAAAAGAGAAGAAACCGUAUGCAAAAGCGUACACGCUCAGACAGGGGACGCGGAGGUAACUACCAACAGCAGAGGAGCUUCAAUAGCCGUAUGUACAUGCAGCACUCAAGGCCACAGCCCUAUCAUCAGCAGCCACGUCAGUACUGGGGAGGAACCCAAAGAGGGGGCUACCAGGAAUUCUAUGAUCGCUAUUCUGACCAACAAAGAUACUAUGGACAACAACCUAACUUCAGGCAGCAAAACAGAGGGUGGCAGAACUAUGACAGAGCACCAUACUGGGAUUAUUAUGGGUACCGUGGAUACCGGUGAAUGAAGUAGUCACACACAGGGGAAGGCAGCUCGGGGUGGGGUGGGGGGUUUGGUUUGUAUAUUUCUUUUCUACAUCCAAAAAAAGAAAAAGAAAAAAACAAUUUUUGUGGAGGAGAAACUGCAGAGCAUGUAAAAGGUCAGAGACUUGAUCUCCUUUCAACUUUUUGUGUGUUUAUUGAUCUUUAAAACCUGCACAGGUUCACAACUCUGUCCAGUCUUGUCCUCCUCUGGCUGAGGUAGACUGUCCAUUUUCUUCAAGAGCGUUAUGGGACAGACACCUGUGUGAAUGGGGGCUCCGUCCUGCCCUGCAUUCUCCUGCCUAGCUAGGAGUAUUAUGCAGUGAUUUUUACUUCAGUCUCAUCAUAAGCCUGUAACCUGUUUAAUUUUUAUGCCAAAAGAAGAAACAUUUUUAAGAAAUAAAACUUGUGUGAUGUAAUUUC